GUGAAGCGCCUCAGUGAGCGCGCGGACGCGGCUUUGACGUCACGAGGCGUCACGCGCGAAAUUUGGAAAAGCAAAAAUAACGGUCGGAGUGACUCUGUGGCCUCCGGUGUUUGUUUUUAUUGUUAUUUAUUUCUUUAUUUUAAGCUACACGCGUCAUUAAACGCUUCGUAACGAUGUCGGAACACGGCUGCUACUCUCCCAGCUUCAAAAAACCGAGCGACGUGCUUCGCAUGAGGAGAAAACGAGCUCGGAGCGACGGCGUUAGCUCAGCCGACCGGCCCGCCGCCUCGGCGUCUCCGCUCCCCGCAGGUAUCAGACCGUUCUCCCCGGGGCCUCUGGUGAACUCCCAGGCUCAGACGAAGCGCAGAAACCCGUUCGCGAACAUCGAGAACACGUAUAACAGCCCCAGGAAGAGAGCGUGCACGGAGGACGGAGGACCGGACUGCAGUCAAGGGUCCCGGUGUGAGCACGGAAGCUCCGGAGAGCGCCCGGCUGACGGCCUCGGUUCGUUCAGCGAACGGCUUUUGGGCGCUGAAAGUAUUAAAAAGACACAGAAGCCAGUUUCCGUCCCCGAAGACGAAUCUCUAUUCGAAGAGGAUUCUUUAGAGUCCGAAAAAUCGCCCCCUAUCCUAGAGAGUCCAGCGGCGCCCGAGGUCGGCGACCAGCCUCGUCCGGAGGUGUGCCCGGAGUACCCGGCCGACUGGAGCCUGAAGACCAGAGUGCUCAUCACCUCCCCGCGGUCGUUCUCUUGGGCCGAACAUCUGAAGGCUCAGGAGGAAGCUCAGGGCCUGAACCUGCACUGCAGGGCGGAGUAUGACGCGCCGCCGCAGCAUAUACAGGAGCCUCGUAGCUGCGCGGAGCUCCGCUGCGGUUUCCAGCAGUGUCUGCAGUACUGGCAGCACCCGUCCCUGCCCUGGCUCUCCCUGUUCCCCAGGAUCGGGGCCGAGCGAAGCUUCUCCGGGAAGAGCUCGCCGUGGAAUCAGGACGUCGCGGUGCAGCAGAGCCUCAUGAGUGAAUGGUCAGUGAGCCUGACUUCACUCUACAGCCUCCUGAAGGCCAGACUCUGUCCGUACUUCUACCUCUGCUCCUACCAGUUCACCGUCUCGUUCAGAGCCGCCGGGCUGAGCGGAACCGGCGGCAUCAGCGCUCUCGUGUCCCCCACCACCCGGGGUUUGCGUGAGGCCAUGAAGGCGGAAGGGUUCGAAUCUCAGCUGUGCUAUCGGCCUCAUUGGGUUUUAUUCCAGUAUCACAGAGCGUUUGUGUGUCCUCUGCCCAGGCGUAAAGAGCACAGCGAGGUGCGACUGGACCACAGGCCCGAGUCGGUGGUGCUGGUGGAGGGCUCCAACACCUUCACGCUCAUCAACUUCCUCAUCAACUGUAAGAGUUUGGUGGCCGCCGCCGGUUCUCAGGCCGGAUUACCCCCCACCCUGCUGGCUCCCAGCGCCUUCAGAGGAGCCACGCUGCACACGCUGAAGGCCCGGAGCGUGAACGUGAAGACCCAGGUGAGGACGGGAUACCAGGACGUGUGCAGUCUGGAGGUGACCGGGCCCAUCAUGCCCCACGCGCUCCACGCGCUCACACCAGCUCCUGAAACCGGCGCAGAGGGAGACUUCUCCGUCGUGCUGUACACUCACGAGCCCAGCGCCGUCCUCAACGUUCCAGUCGCCGACCCCCACCGAGAGAACCCUGCAGGACAGGAGCUGGGCGGGUGCGGCCUGCAGCCGAGCACCGUGCAGCAGCUGACCGAGCCGAGCACGCUGGGAAAAGGCGCGCUCCGAAACCUCCACAUGAAGGACUACUCGUACAGCUGGAGGUCCUGACGGCCUCAUCAUUCUAACAUCUGGAUUCUAAGCAAAGCUGCUGUGGGCCUGCAUGAACUGUGAAAUGUGAAGUAAACAAAACACUACAGGCUUUAGGACGAACGUUUAAAGGGUGAUAAUUACAGUGUGUGUGUGUGUGUUUGUUCAAGUAGAAAACUUGAUGUUUUUACCAUGUGCACAUUUAAUAAUAUUAAAUGAACAGAUUUUUGUCUUUUACUUUGA